AUGAAAAAGCCAGCGAUUUUAAGUAGUGCGAUUGCGUAUGGUUGGGCGAAGAGAGCUGUGGAUCUCGGUUUGGGAACAAAGGCAUUCACAAAGACGGAAAAUAAUCCUUGGCUGAAAAUUGAUUUAAUGGAUGUUUACUUUGUACAUGACGUCGUGGUGUUCAACGUGUUAGAACCAAAACAUGAUGGACCAAUGCUGGAUCUUAAUAUACGCAUAGGUAAGUAGAUAGGUGGUAUUUAAUAACAACAACAACAACACCAACAGCAAUAUCAACAGAACAACAGCACAAACAACAGCAGCAACACCAGCAGCAAACAACUACAAACAACAGGAGCAACUGUUACAACAACUACAAACAACAACCUCAACAGCAGCAACAACAGCAAACAACAAACAACAACAACCAACAACAACCACAAACAACAGCUGCAAACAACAACAACAACAACAACAACAGCAUGCAACCAACAUCUACAAACAACAGCAGCAACAACAACAGCAAACAACAGUAACUUUAAGAUAACCGACUACGGACUACAGACGGAAGCCACAAUCGAGCGUCAGCCUGAAACCGAGGGCACGUACAAGGGGCACGUACUCUCUUAAGCCUAGUUUGCAUUAGAUCGUUAGUUGUCGCUGGCCCGACUAGCGGUAGAUGUGAAAUAGUCUAACAUAUAAUAAUAGUCGUUUUGUUGGUUAUAUGCAAAUCAGUCUUAAUGAUUGCAGAGUUUUGUUGACACUCUAUUACAUCAGCCACUUGUCAUGCCAGCGACAACUAACGACCAAAUGGAAACUAGGCUUUAUGGCCGUUAUAUACCAUCCGUUGGUUCUUCCCUGGACGACAGAUCUGACGAACUGUUCUAUCAACAAAUCCAAAACAGUUUCUGAGGGGUGCACCUUUUCUAGCAAUUGCUAUUGUUGCUAACUUUCAAGCCAAUCUCUCGAAAGAAAUGGUUGGUUCCAUGAUUUAAGUCGAUAGCAAUGUGUUGUGUAUACCCAGUCGAGGACGGUGUAGUGGUCAUGCAUAAUUCUGGAACAGGACGAGCAAAACUGUGAAUCAUAUCUGAAUAACGGCAAGGGAAAUUUAGUCUUUUCUACUGUACACAAGCCUUCCAACAAACAGAUCUGCCCGGAAUACGAAGCGCUUAUAAUUUUAUUCCUCUUCGCUUAUAAUUUUAUCAGCCAGGGCAAUUAUCAAAGCAUCGCACACUUCUUGCAACGAUGGCAUUUUGUUUAAAAUGUUUAUUUUUUACUUGUAUACAAGGACAACAAAACUUAAGGUAAUUCCGCAGUUUUGCAUUGCGCAUUUUACUGCGCACAUCUAAUAACUUAUAAUUUCAUCCAUUAUACGUACCGUUUAAAACAAAAUAUCAUUUUAUGACAAUUUUAUGUUACUUCAAAACAUCUUCGGUCACAUUCGUGCAAAGAAUUACGUUAAAAUCAAUAUUUUCAAAAAAGGCAUACAAAAGUGUAGCUAGGGUUCACUGUGUCUGUAGUAUAUUUAUUUACUUGUAUUUCACGUUUUAAUGCCACAAUUCCCUAAAAGAUCGGUGACCCCCGUUUUUAACUGAUAAUUUAUUUCUUUAAUGCAUUUUACAUUUCAUAUCCGAAAUUAAAAGAAAAAUCAUUUCUGGAUCUUGAAAAAAAAUGCUUUAUCAAUGCAUGUUCUCAAAGAAAGAUAUGUAAAGAAAUGUGCAAAAGACAUUUGUGAAUCAGAAUUGUACACGUUAGUAGUUUCAUUUUGCCCAAAACACAACAUUUUUUGAAAAAUAAUUACAAGAUAAGUUUACUAAAGCAAAAUCCGCGCUAUAUCAUAAACUCCAUGCCUGGGAAGUUUCAGCACAUUCUCAUUUCGGGAACAAUUACUGCGGAAUUACCUUAACCGUAGCUGUAUUCAUGCUGUUCUAUCUUAAAGUUCCCGCGCGCGGUAGAUGGUGACUGCACUCACUAACAGCAAACAACAACUACAAACAACAGCAACAGCAAACAACAACAACAACAGCAGCAACAAAAGCAAACAACAACAACAACAGCAGCAACAGCGACUACAAGCAACAGCAGCAGCAACAACAACAGCAAACAACAACAGCAGCAACAACAGAAGCGACAAUAACAGCAACAACGUACAACGACAACAUUAUACAAUCUUCAAGACAAGGAUUUUAUUUAAUCUGAUUUAGGAAGUGCCUCGAUAAUCAACGACAAUCCAUUAUGUACAAUUGCAAAUAUAUAUGUUGGAGAAGGCAGAUCAUUCUACUGCGACAUGUUUGGUCAGACAGUCGUCAUUCAUCGACCAGGGGUAGUGGCCUCUAUGGUCAUUGCUGAGCUGUUUGUGAACACAAAUAAUGCUGGUAAGAAGUCUUUCUUCUUACCUUUACAAGGCCGUAUUUUGGCAGAAAUGCUGGGGGGGGGGAAUAUUUUAGGGGGAAGGCAAGGUGCAGUUGUCUGGCCCACAUCCAUCCUGUGAUGUCAAGCUCAGAAUGUAGCUCCCUGAAGUCACCGUAACUUUAAUUAGGGAGGUUUAGCUUUGACUACGAGGGUGACAACGAACACAAGAUUUUUCCCUCAAAAGAGCGUCAACUCGCUGGGGCUACAGUGAUACGUAUGUUAGAUGGUACCACAACCGUACAGUGGCCAAAUGAAAGUUGUCACAAAAUGUUUGCUCUGUGCUUAUGAAAGCAUAGUUAGCAGAUUAUACUAUACAAAUUUGAUCUAAAUUGAUUGUAUGUUGCAAAAAUGGUCAUCAUUUCACAAAAAAUAACUACUUUUUACAUGAAAAUGUCAAAAUUUUAACUUCAGAUUCACCACCGAGUUUCACAGUCGGGGGGGGGGAUACACCCCCUCCCCCAUACCCUCCGGUUCCGGCUCAACAGCAUGUCCACUACAACUUCCCAAAGUCAGCAGAAAGUUGGCUAUACAUUUGGCGGGAAAGAUCUCAUACUUGUUGUCGUACUCGCAGUGAAAGCUAAACUCCCUACGGACCAGCUGAUACCAGCCCAUUCCUGGUAUUUAUAUAUCAAAACGUGAAAACGGUCUAUAGUUUUUAUUUUACAGAAAAUGUUCCACGCAAAGCUGCGGUUUCGAACACCCAACAUCAAAAUUCAAGAGCGCCGAGUAGAACAAUUGAUUCGGAUGUUAAUCAGUAUUGGUUCGUCACUGAAGAUGGUAUAGUACAAGAGAAAACACUAACAGUAGAAUUGGCUGGAGAAUUCAAUAUUGUCAUGAUUUAUAUUAUCACUCGCGCACUCAUGCAAUUUGAGCUCAAAUUGGGUAAGUGACUUUGCAUGAGCUUGGUCGCACGAGCAAAAAUUACAGCAGGGGCGGAUCUACCGUGGGGUUGCAGGAGGUGCACACCCACAUAGUACCACUGCACACCCCACAUAGUACCACUAGGCCUUAAAAAAUAUCGGUCGGUCACGGACAUUAGACAGGUUCAGAUUGGACUUCCACUACCACUACCGCUACCUUAAAUGUGUUACGCAUGCGCAGUAACUGCAAGAGCGUAAGGAAAUCGUCGCAUGUUUUUGUUUUGGGACCGUUAAGGUCCAUACAGACCGGACGCGAUUUGGCAACGCGACGCGAAUUUUCAAUUUUCAAUAUUUUUCUAUGUUUUUCAAAUAUUCGGAACCACUUAAGCAAUUUUAGCUAUAUGGUCUGCAUAUCUUGUAAAAUUUUUAUCCGUUGACGGUUUUAUUUGUUUUUAAAAACUGAAAAUUCGCGUCGCGUUGCCGAAUCGCGUCCGGUCUGUAUGGACCUUAACAAAGCGAUUUACGGUCGUCGGGAGAAGUCUAAUCUGAACAGGUCUAAACAGUCCGUCGUGACCGCUACCAAUGGAGCCGUCAAAGGUAGCGGUAGUGGUAGUCAAAUCUGAACCUGUCUAAUGUCCGACUCAUUCGUGAAGUUGUCCGACGUAGGAAGACCGGCGAGAGCCAACCAUUGAACUAUAAAUAAACUGGAAGGCUAACUCAGGAGGGGAAAUUGAAGCCAGUGCAUUUUAGUUUUUCUGAGUCAUGAGCAGAAAUACUCAACACUGAACGUUGGGCUAUAUAUCAAAUUGAAGCUAUUGAAAAACGCUAUUUGGUGUAGAAAUUUCAAAACUUUAGCUAAAAGGGAAAUAUUGAAACACUACAAACAUAAUUACCGAUAAUCUUGCCGUUUUGCAGUUGUUUUUGUAUUUUUUAAAUAUUUUUCUUUUCGCUGAAGUCUUGAAAUUUCCACACCGAAUAGCAAUUUUCAAUAGCUUCAAUUUGAUAUAUAGCCCGACGUUUGGGGUCAAGUAUUUCUGCUCAUAACUCAUUUGGCUUCACUAAAUCAUAGGCCUUCAUCAUAGCAGUUAGCCUUUCAGUUUAUUUAUAGUUCAAUGGAGCCAACCACGGCCCCCGGGACAAAAUGACGAUUUGUGAACACGGGCCCCUGUCCCUCUGGAAAUUGCCGAUGAUAAACAAUAUACGAACAUUUUACCGAGAUUUCCGGGCCCCUCUGAGCUCUCCGGGCCCCGGGUAUUUUGCCCCCCCCCCCUCGCCGGCCUUUUGACGUAGACAAGAAACCACCGGACGUUCUGUCCGACCCAAGUGAAACUGAGGUUUAUUGUUUGUCCGACACGAGUGUACUUGUGUCCGACCGAACUGCAGCUUUGUCCAACGUAAAUCAAAAUGUACCCUAGUCCAAGAGAACUGGAAAUGUUGUUUUAAUGCAAUCGAGCGCGGGCGGGGAUGUAGUGGAAAGGGGCUUAAGUUGUCGAAGUCUUAAUACUGCUGUUAUUAGGAAGCAAGUUAAUUUUGGCUUAGAAAUAAGUAUGAAUGACACAAACUAUUUAAUUUAUUCACAACAUACAUACAUUGUAUACUGAUAUUAAUUAGUAUAAUUCCGAGCUAAACUGAACUAAGGGCAUCGGAAGUCAUACAUAUGUCCGACUCAAAGUCAUGUUUAAUUAAAUAUGUAAACAUGUCGAAGUUGUUAAACAGUCGUACUGUACUAAAACAAGCAAAUUUACUGUACUGUGCCAUAGCAACUGUCCAGUCACGCAUACGUGUUAAAAAGCCGAUAAAAACUUUAUAACCAAACGAUAAUGUAAAACGUAACAAAACGAAGAACAUGCAAUUCGUCUAUCUCAAAUAAUGGUAAUGUUGGGAUACUAGCAUACGUUGCAGAGUGCAGAGAGGGGUGGGCAGUAAGGCUCUCUCAUGCACCACCCCCAUGGAAAACCUGCACGGCUGCACCUCUCCUUGUAGAUUAGUCUAGAUCCGUCCCCUGAAUUCCAGUAACAAAUUGACACCUAAUAAGGUAAGGCGAUAGGAUAUAGCAUCUGUUAUACACAAACGAAGUCAUUGGCGGCCAUAUUAGCCAUAUGUCAGAAGAGGUUCCUAAAGCUUCUGGAAGAAAAAAAUAAGGAAGAAAAAAAUCUAGAGAAAUUGGUUAUUAGUGGCCUCUUUUCCUUCUGAAAUAUGCCAGUGGACAUUUAUUGAGGGUCACAUCAAUACGGCAACCUUAAGUCUCAUUAUCUCGUGUUUAAAACGAUCUAAAACUCGUUAAAAAAGGUGCGGGAAGCUAUAUCUUUCAAUUUACGUAGGUAUAGAUAAUUGCUUGAAAGUGUAACUAGUGAAAUGCGUAACGAUUUGAUUCGUAAGGAAUGUAACAGAUUUAAAAAUCUCUCCGCAAAAAUAUUCUGGCUUUCAAAAUUAAUCCCCUGAAUUCAAAAGUUGGUCUGUCAAGUCCUAGGUCUGAGCUCAGUGAAGGCAAGCAGCUUUUCUUAGUCGAAUCGCUCUGAAUGUUAAUGAGGAAAGCUACGAAAUUAUAUUUCAACAUUAUAGUCAGCAAAGGUUUACGUGACAUUUUCCACUGAACAAUAAUAAUUAAAAUGGAGUACUGUACCCAGAUUUGACCAUUAAAACAUCCCCCGAUUACUUACCGAAAGAUACCGUGCAACGAUAACCCCGAUCUUAUAUUCUUUCGUAUAAGCAUUUUUUGAUGGGCUUAUAAAAGGGAGGGCUCAUAUGCCGGGAGUGUUAUACAAAGACAUUUGAUGUUAGUAACAAUACGGAUUAAAUAUUGAUGUUAGUAACAAUACGGAUUUCUGUAAACUACGCCGUGAACGAGAAGAAAUAUAAAAAAUACAGUAUAUAAUCUAUACAUAAAACAAGUUGGUUAAAGUGCCUAUGACACGAAAUUUCACCCCAAAUUUUUAUGAUUGCAUUAUAAAGAUCACUUAAAAUGACUUCAUAAUUUCUUUUAUAGAAUUUUGCUUCCUUUGCAAGAUAUUCAACUUUGUUUCAUAUGCAAAAAUCACCGGUAUGACAUCACAUCGCAUAAUGGCGUUUUGAAAACGCAAUAUUUUACCUUGAUAAAAUAUUUUUUACAAACAAAUUCAGAAGGUUAAUUACCAGUUAUGAAAUUAAUACAUAUACAAGGGCAAUUUUUAAGUUUUUUAGAUACGUAUUCGUCAAGAAAAAUAUACUUUUUUGAAAACUCAUUAUGUGAUGUGAUGUCACACCGGUGAUAUUUACAUAUGAAAUAAAGUGGAAUAUCUUGAAAAGAGAGCAAGGUUGUUUACCAUUUACAUGGAAAUUCCGGUGAUUCCAUACGGAAAGUAAAUGGAACAAGCAUAUUUCGACGGCCCAACCGGAAAUUUUCCGGAAUAAACGGUUUGUUUGAAAAGGUUGUCCUCUCUUACCGAUUGGAAAGUUUCAACCGGUAAAUGUUGUUCCAUUUACAUUUUUAAAAUUUUUUCACCAGUUCCAGGCUCUUCGCGAUUUAACAAUUAAAAUUAUUAAAUGGAAAGCGAAUAAUCCGAAUGGGAUUUUCUAUCCGAAAUUUUGCUUACCAUUAGCACAAUUUCAAACCGGAUGGGUUUUACAUGUAAAUGGUAAACAACCCAAGUUACCAAAAUUCCAUAAAAAGAAAUUAUUAAGUCAUUUUAAGUGAUCUUUACAAUGCAACCAUAAACCUUUGGGGUGAAAUUUCGUGUCAUAGGCACUUUAACAUAUUAUAUAUAAUGUAACAAGACGCCUGCUCAGGCGUUCACACUGGCCUGAAAAUAACGAGAUACGUGCUAUGGUGCAAAAGGCAGGAAUACAAAUCUUAAACCGCAAGCAAAUUUUAUGGACUUUUUUUUAAAAAAUAAAAGACCUUUUCGGGAGACGUUAAUGGUGCAAGUCAAUAACUAGGAGUUACUAUCGCAAGGAAAGUGCUGCCUUUUUGGCGUAUGAACUGAAUGCAAUUAUGCAAAAAUUUAUACUUCUACACAAUUCUUGGUUAUAUCCCCAAUGUUUCCUUCUCGUUCAUCAUUUAAGCCCGUUCACAAACUCAUUCUUAAAUUGUGUGCACGGAAUACGAGUAAAUAGCCAACAUGAAAAUGAAGCCAUUGGGUCCAAAGUGGAUAUUAAGGUCUAUUACCUAUUAGCUGCCAAUGCACACUACUUUAGUAUUUACUCUGGCUAACGCCAGACCAAUUUUCACUGUAACGCCAGACGAUUUUAUUUGUUAGUGGCAGAGUACUGUCAGUAAAUGGGUUAACAAACACAUCUGCCAAUGUCUCUUAUUAACCCAUUAACAGGCAAUGCACCCUGCUUUAGUAUUCUUAGUGACUCUUCAGAAUUUGCUCAGAGUCAAUGUGAGUAAAAUACAUCUUGUAUUCAAGCGCUUUCAUAUACAAAGUUUCGUUUGAAUACGGCACAGAGUAGGAAUAUUUAUUUAGAAUUUUUCAGAAUAUCGGGUUUUUACUCGCACGCACGUUUAUAACUCGAUCAAUGCACGUGCAAAUCAUGCCGACCUACAGAAUCGAUUUCCGGUUUUUCCUAAACAGCGCGUUGUUUUGAUGUGCGUUCCAUGGGCCGCGCUAAAAAUAUAAAUAUUCUGUAAAUACCGAAAUAAAAGAUGACAAUCUCAAGACACAAGCUUGAAAAUAACACUAUAAAUAGUGUUUUCGAUUCUGGUUCCAAUAAUAUCAUUACGAAAAAGAUAUGUCCAAAGGGGCCGAAGUUAUGUUCGGCAAAAUGUAUGGCUAGUACGUUUACAUUGUUUGUUAUAUUAUGAAAUAUGAUACCAUACUUGUAUUAAAAUUCGCGUCGAACUAAUGUUAUUGUAUUAGGCAAAUGAGUAGACUUGCCACAAGUCGACGUCGAACGAAAUGCGUUUCUUCAAGGUCGACUUGUGGCAAGUCUAGCAAAUGAGAACCAUACAAUAAUGGUUCUAGUUCUUGUUGGUAUUUUGAACGCACGCUUUAUCUUUAGUAUAGCUACCACAAAGCUUUUCGCGCGGAUUAUAUUUCGCGCAGUACUAAAAUUUCCGCACCCAGCGGCCAUAGCCUGUGAGAAUUUACGGCUGUACACAGGCUAAGCGGCCAGCGCUACGCUAAUUCUCUUAAUUCUAGUACUGCGCGGAUUUUAAUACAUGUAUUUAAAGGUAUAUUGUCGACAUUUGACUAAAACUAUCGUAAGAAAUUCGGAGAGUUUGUCCUUGUUUAUAUUCCAAUAUAUUGUAUAAAUUCGCUGGGUACAAAUUUAUGAAAUUUUGGGGUUUUCGAGUCGUUUAAUUUAAUACAAAAAGAAAAACAUUAAUUCAACAGGCAAGAAAGUCCAGAGUGCGAUGCAAAAAUUAACACAAGUACACAACGGAUGUUAUGAGUCCACGACGUAUAUUUAUAGUUGUUUAUUAAUUAAAAGUCAAACUGUCAAACCUUUAACUUGUCCUUGUUUAAAUAUCCUUCUAUAUAUUGUAUAAAUUCGCUGGGUCUAAAUUUUCGAGUCGUUACACAAAGAAAAACACAUUAAUUCAACACGCAAGAAAGUCCAGAGUACGACACAACGUAAAAUCCAUAGGAAACCGGCACAAUUCUUUGAAAAUUCAACGAAACUGUGUAAUAAAUAUAGUUUGAUCACUCUGUGAAAAUCCGCCAUUGGGGUUCGGAAUUGUGCGCGUGCGUACAAGUGUAUGGGCUAAUAAACGAAAAAUGCACCACAAGCAUGGCAUGAGUCGGCUAUUACGUACAUAAAUACGGACUUAUUACUAUACUAUGUAAAUAUGUAAAUCAUGGAACCGAGGGGAUCGAUGGCAUUUUGGCUUAGUCGUUGCACCCUGAGCCUGCGAUGAGCUAACGCAAACUCGAUUUCUCGACUACGAAAGAAACAGGAAAACACAGAAAAACACAGGAAAAGACAGAAAAAGAGGGAUUUAAGACACUUGGCCUACAGGCCAGUGUAAUUAUUGUCACUCGUCUGAGCCGUUGGAAUCCCCGUCGCUGCAGCGUUAAUAAAUACCUGUCCAAUAAUACGCCCACGGGCUUAGACACGGAAGGGCUUAUAUUCGAGGAGUCUUAUAUUCGAAAUGGGCUUAUAUAUACAGGGGGCCGGGGGGAUUUUAUUCGGAGGUAUAUGGCAUCGAAAAGAUACAGUCUAGCACUUUCAAAAUCAUCAAUCCAUCAUUAGCAUACGAUGACGCUUUGGUAGUUUCCAAUAUUCCGACUUUGUUUUCAAGACGUGAACGUUUAUGCUCGGCAUUCUUUAAGGAUAAGCUUCUCCCUCAGUCCAGUCCACUAUCUGAACUUCUCGAAACCGUGAGAGAAACGCUUACCUGGAAUUUUCAAUCCCUGUUAAAGUGGAUAUGACAUGAAAUUGUUUAUUUUCUUAAAUAAAAGAACUCUUUAAGUUGUAGUGUAACUUAUUUUUCAGUUUCUUGUUUUUAUGGUUUGUUCCCAAGGUAUUUCAGUUUUGUUUGAUAUGUAAAUAAGUAUGAAUAUGUCCGCUAAUUUAUGACGUCACUUUGGUUGAAAGCUCUUCAAAAUGGUUGAAUAUCACUGCUAUUAUCCAAGAUGAUAAUUUCAAACUUCACUCACUAGUAAAUGUGAUAAAACACUUGAGAAAAACGUGAAUUGAUAUCUACAGUUUUUAGAGUUAAUAGAUUUAUAAUCAACCAAAGUGACGUCAUAAAUUAGCGGACAUAUUCACACUCAUUUACAUAAUAAAACAAAUUGAAAUUUCUCGGGAACAAACCAUAAAAACAAGAAACUGAAAAAUAAGAUACACUACAACUUAAAGAGUUCUUUCAUUCAGGAAAAUAAGAAAUUUCAUGUCAUAUGCACUUUAAUGUUUUCUGGCAAUAUUAACUCUUGAAACGCUGUCGCUGUUUUUUUGCGAAAACAGAAUAUAUAUUUUGCACAGGAAAAUUUAUCGAAGACGUAGUUGGACUCAUUGCACGAAGAAACAUGAUACAUAAUUGCCAAACAAUUUUUCCUAAUUUUCUUCCAUUUUCGCCUUGUUUCUUUGUUUAUUUUCCGAACAUUAUUCAUCUUCUAUUCUUUUACAAUUUAAUAGGAUCUAUAAAGUUGUUAACUAUUUGUUAACUAUUUGUAAAUAACCAAAGUGAUCUGUAAAUGAUAGAUGUAUUUCAACCUUGCAAUUGCGAAGUCUAAAUUUUUAUUAUCUCAACAGGGUUAAGCGAAGAUUUCGCAUUGCAAAAACACUGUAUUCCUGGUUUACACGACUUGCCAGUCAGUGCUGGAUACCACUUCUUCUGUGUGGAAAGAACAUUGACCAAGUACAUUCAUAUACAUCAAUAUGACAAGGAACGUCAGAUGCAGAUCUCUGAAAUUCUUGCUUUUGAAAAAACUAAACGUAAGUGCCUAGCGCGCGUCAAGCUAUAUAGACUUCCACCAUGAUAAGUUUAUGGCGGGGUUGUCACCGAAGAGAAAUGUUUUUCUUUGUAAACAUUCUGCUGAUCCAACCAUUAAAAAGUAAAAAAAAUGUUACUCAACCUCAAAUAUCAACUAAAAAGUAAAUAACCAUACCUACCAAAAAAUUUAUACAAAAGGAUGCCAUUCAGUUGUCACACAUGUCGUUUAGCACUUCUGUGACAUGUUUGAUAACAGCUUUUGCAAUUUUCUGCAGUCUAAAGUUUCAUGUUGUCUGCACAUGUACUUUCUUUGGAGACACCAUUUGCCUCCUAACAAGUCGGAAAGUCGGAAAAUGAUGAAGACAGUGACUCUUGAUUGAUUUACACGACUGUUGACAUUGCUUUUUAGUCUUCAAUAUUUGGAAAUAACAAUAAAUUUUUAUUACCCAACCCUUGAGUUUCAUUUACCCGACCUCUCACUCAAAAUUGUGUUUACCCAACCCUUUUCUCUUCGGUUCCUCCCUUAGGGUUUCACUCAAACGAGAGUUGAUGAGAGUUUGCACGAGAGUUUGCACGAGAGUUUACACGGGAGUCGCUUUCAUGACCCGCAGCGAAAAACUUUGUGUGUGCGCGUGGGCCGGCUCAACGACGCGCUUGCGAAAGAAAGAAAUCUGUCAUGCAAGACAAAAAAUGUGAAUAAUUUGUGGUCCCAGUAUCACCGCGGAAAAACGUCUGCGCAUGCGUCAACCUUACCUGUAAUAGUAUUGCGAACUUGAUGAGAAGCUGUUCCGAACGUUUCCGAAGGCUCAAAAUGGCGGUAAAAAGGAGUGACUUCAUUGUGCGUCUUUACAGCCAGAUUUCGAGCGCAAAUAUAAACAUGUCAUUCUAAAAACUAGGAAUAAAUACAGCCAGAAGAUACAAGAAAUUGUAUUGUACAAGAACAUGAACUAAAGGUGAUUGUUGACAAAUUUAUCGUGUGAAACAUUUUGUUUGUCAACUAAGCAACGACAAUUUCCGAAUUUUCGUUUGAGAUACAUUUCUUUAAAAAAAACUGUGUCGCCAAAUAUAAAAAAAUUUCGUGUUGACAAUAAUUAAACUUUAGGAUUUAUUCUACAAUUUGAGUGGGUUAAGAAGCUUAACUUUUCGAGAGUUUUCUUAAAUUUUGAGUUUGAAUUUUUGUUUUGAAUAAUUUUGCAAAUAUUUUCGAAGUCGUGUCCGUUAAAAUCAACAAUUUUUUACAUGAAUUAUAUUUCAAUCCAUACUUUAAAUGCCAGGACGCUUUCAAUUAAUGUCUAGUCUACCCAUUUGCUAUAUUUUCUCGUUUGUUUUACUAAUUUUUGACCAAUUAAUAAGCAUGUUUUUGUUUUAGAAAUUGAUAUUCAAAUUCCCCGCCAUAUUUUCAUAAUUUGGUGCAUGCGCAGACGUUUUUCCGCGGUGUUGGUCCCAGUGGUAUUCUCAACGGCUUUGUCAUGCUCAGCAGAACGUUAAACUAAGCAUUAUCACGUCUUUCAAGCAACGCGAAGCUUAUUGCGACCCAAAAGGUGAUUCUUAAAGUCGAAAUUACAGCAAACAUUGCAUCGCUUUAGUCAAACUUAGCAGUUUGUAAUGUUAUUUGAAAAUCGUCAAACAUUUAUUACAGUAAUGAAAUUGCUUAGCGUUCAUUUUUUAGCUGAAAUUCAGACUGCGUCGUUGAGCCGGCCGCGUCGAAAAUCUUAAACUCUCUAUUGUUUCUGCAACAAUAAAGCGUUUGCACACGACGUCACAGCCGCCAAGUUGGUGUUCCAAUUCAAAAGAAUAUUAACUAGACUCUUUUGUCUGGAACACCAGCAUGGCUGCCAUGGCUUUUGUUGAGUUGGUCUCUGGGGAAUGAGUGCAAACGCUCUAUAUUAUUGAGGGUCGGCCAAUAUGAAAACAUUUGGGGAAACGUCGUUUUCACCAAAACGAAAACAAAAGUUGCUGCAUGAGGGUUGACUGGUUUUUACGUCUAUCUUCCGUCAGCCCUAUUUCAAUGGACCAUUUGCAUUAUAGACUAAAUUUUGAUCUAGACAAAAAUUUCAUCAUAGCUUGAAAGAGCAUCACAAAAUUAGUAAUAUUCCAAAGUUUCGUUGCGAAAUGUUGUAAAAUGCAGAUAAUAUAGCCUUGCGAAGUUGCGGGCCGUUUUUCAGUCAUUUUGUAUUACGCACGGGAAAUUGACAGCCCAAUCGGGUGUUGGGGCAUCAAUUUCCCGUUUGUAAUACAAAAUGACUGAAAAUUGCAAAUUUCGCGAGGCUAUAUUAGCCGCAUUUGACAACAUUUCGCAACGAAACUUUGGAAUAUUACUAAUUUUGUGAUGCUCUUUCAAGCUGCGAUGAAAUUUUUGUCUAGACCAAAAUUUAGUCUAUAAUACAAAUGGUCCAUUCUCAUGCAACACUUGUUCUCAUCAUUUGACUGAGGCAUGAGAAUUGAGAAAACUCUCACUUCUCAACACUCAUUGUCGUCUGACCAAUGGCAAGGUUUUAUAUCCAGUUAACUCUCAUCAACUCUUGUGUAACUCUUGUUCUAGUUUGACCGAGGCAUGAGAGUUGAGAAAAGUCUCAUGCCAACUCCCGCUUCUCAAUUCUCACCAAUGUCUGAGGCUUUGAGCAGGCCUUAAAGCCUGCCGCACACGAGAGCUAUCUGCUGAGCAAAAAGUUACUCGUGCCUGUUAGCUCAGCCGAUAGCUCACCGUGUGCGGGUACAAUUUACUGAGUUUUUUGCCUCAUGCAACCUUUUCUCACGUAUCAAACAUGUUUGAUCGCUGAGUUAUCGGCUGAGCUAACAGGCACGAGUAACUUUUGGCUCAGCAGAUAGCUCUCGUGUGCGGCAGGCUUAACCGAUUAUCAAUUAUGUUUCAGCUGUAAUCGACUACAAUAGAAACUAUAAACACGUCUGGGCUGAAGAGCACAAAGACGUGACACUGUCAUGUGACAUCAAUGGCUAUCCUGCCCCCGUGUUCUCAUGGAUAAAAGAUAAGACGGUGGUCGCUACUGGUUCACGUAGCUUGACAUUACUUCAUGUAAAGCAAAAUGAAAGCUGUACUUACGAAUGUUGGGGAAAUAACACUCUUGGUUACAAUGCAAUGCUAGUGAAGCUCAGAGUCGCUAGUAAGUAACAUUGAAAUGAACAUAAUUGGAACGCUACCUUUAACCGGAAAUGUGAAACCAAACGGCUUAUUGACAACUUGCUACAAGGUUGUUGAGCUCAACAGACUUGUUAAUAGUUGUUCCAACAACUUGUUAUCGUUCUGCAAUUCAUCAAUGUGUGACAACCUUGUAGAAACUUGAUAAAAUAACAGCAUUGUGACAACAAGCUUGCACGCCUGUCGCGAACACUUCUUGUUGACAAGUUGUGAGAUAUUUACGUGUGUAGUUGACAAUAUUUCUAUAUUUCUAAACCCAGGCAAGUGGCGUAUCUGUGCCGAUCAUGCAGAAAUGAAAUUUGAUUUGAAAACAACAACUGUGGUUGAAAAUUUUGAAAUCCGAGGCAACCAAUGGUAUAGUUCAUACGAUGACAAACAAAUGAAAUAUCUCCAGGUAAAUAUCAUGAAGUAAUUGUUGGGUAUUUAGCAGGGGUGGAUCUAGCCUCAUCUGCAAGGAGGGGUGCAGGUUUUCCAUGAGGUGAUGCACGAGCCUUACUGCCCACUCUCCUCUGCAGUCUGCAACGCUACUAUCCCAACAUUACCAUUAUUUGAGAUGGCCGAAUCUGUAUGUUCGCCGUUCUGUUACGUUUCACAUUAUCGUUUGGUUAUAAAGUUUAUAUCGGCUUUUUAGCACGUAUGCGUGACUGGACAGUUGCUGUAGCACAGUACAGUACAGUACAGUAUAGUAAAGUACAGUACAGUACAGUACAGUACAGUACAGUACAGUACAGUACAGUACAGUACAGUACAGUGCAGUACAGUGCAGUACAGUACAGUAAAUGUACUUAUUAAAGUACAGUAUAUUGAAAAUAUGCCUGUUUAAUUAACAACCUCAACAUGCAUAUUUACAUGUUUACUCAUAAUAUUUAAUAAAAUUCUGAGAAUUUUCUCGUGAGCUCACAAAUCAAUUAAAUCCUUUCAAGAAAUCGACGCUUUCUUAUAUCCUCUCACAUACUAAAUAUUUCAUCUUAUAAAAGUCAGUACAGACCAGGGCGUUGGUAAGGAUGUGUGUGUGUGGGGUGGAACACACCAGUUGUCUGGUAUUGGGCAAAUUAUCUAAUCCCAGAUGGAUAGAAAGGAAAGCAACUAAAAUAUUUGAGGGACACUGACUAAAAACAUAAUAAUUGCAGCCAAAAUUUGGAGAAUUGUAAAUAAAAAUGGAAAAGGAAUAUUAAUUAGCGCCAUCCUCCCCUCCCCCACAAUUUUGGGGAGAGGAAUAUUAAUUAGCGUUUGAAAUGAGUCGGCAAACCUAAUAAAACACGACCUGCGAGUUUAUUAAACGGCUUCAAACACGACUACAAAUUCAAUAGAUAUACCGCCUUAUUAGUAUUCUUUAUAUAAAAAAUACUAAUGAGGACACAACAACAAUAGAUACAGCCUUAUUAGUAUUCUUUAUAUAAAGAAUACUAAUUAGGAGUGUUUUAUCAGGUUUAAAGCCACUGCACGUGACAUAUUACGGUUGACAUGAUUUGCCAAUAAGCUUAUGAAUUAUUAAUGAGUGUUUGAAGGCUCUUUUAAAAGCACUUUGCUGGGCUUUAAUAUUUAUUAUUAGAAAUCAAGAUUACUAUAAAAACUCGUGCUUCAUUAGAUCAAAAGCAAUUAGUCUUCCCACGAUAUUCUGCCCAGUCGGCCCUGCGAUUCUGGUGUAGAGCUCUAAAACUGAGCUACAGAGGCGACAGUCAUGUCGAACUUUAACUGCAAGGUCAUGUUACCAUAUUAAGGGAAUGCAUGCCUGCAUGUGUAAAGUGUAUGGGUAAAUAUUGGUAAAUAUCAAGUCGAGCUUGGGCAUCUCAAAUUUACUCUCCAAAUUUCAUUCUAUACGCCAACAUUUAGUCCCAUGCAUCUUUUGAUGUUUUUAGUUCAGAGAAAAAGCACCCAAGCCUACUGCUUCAUGUCAGCUGUGGUUGAAGAAAAAACAUCCAAAGCUCCAAGACGGUAUCGUUAGUGGAACAUUAUGUUUAAGGAAUACUACUCACGACUGUGCAGCGACAUUUGACGUCGAUAUCCGAAGAUGCACCGCGUAUUAUAUUUAUCAUUUUGCACGUCUUCGCAGCACAACCACAUACAAAUUUUGUUUUGAACCUGGUGAGUUUCUGCUGUUAAAAUAUAGGAUUUGAUGGCAAAGUGAUCUAUUUCGUUACUGUGCCAGAAAUACCCUCAUCACCUCAUGCUUAAAUGAGAUGAGCCCCGAUAUAUUGUUGAGAAAUUAUGACAAGCACCGGUUUGUAUGGCUUGUGAUGCCUAGUGGAUUUUGUUGAUUUGUUGCACCUUAAUUUAAAUAUUCUCUGAUUUGCCAUUGAGCACUUUGCCAAAAGUUUUUAUAACCUUAAUUUAAAUAUGCUCUGGUUUUCCAUUGAGCACUUUGCCAAAAGUUUUUAUAACCAAUGAAAUAUAUAUAUUGGCAAGUUAGUCUUUGCCGAUUUGACAAGACGGCAAGUCAGCAGUUAGGUCGGUAUUUGCCGAUUGCCAACCCCAAUUCGAAGACCUAAAAACUCAUUCAAAAUAUACUUCUAUAUAUCAGUAUACAGUAUAUAUAAUUUCAAUUUCAGCGGCAAUAAGCACGAAUGGCCAACACCCGGCAAUUUCAUCCGCAGUACCAAACUACGCUUUAUCCGACAAGAUUUUCCAAACCGAAACCGAAGUCGUUGAAUCCUAUCAAUGCUUGGUCAUGUGUCAACUUGACACGCAAUGCAAGUCUUUCAAUUUUUCCCAGAAAGAGAAGAUUUGCGAAAUGAAUACAGCCACAAAGAAAGAAUUUCCACGAAGUUAUGGUCCAAGAAAUAAUUACAGUUACUAUCAUUUGAGCAGUGGCAUUGUCAAGGUCGCUCGUCGUAGGAGUGAAUUGUGA